GUCUCUGCGUUCUGCUGGAUGGUGGGGAAGUGCCAGGACCCUGCCACAUGUGAUUAGUGAAACAACGGUAAUCUGAGCUAGUGUGUGAUCACUAGCUCUGUCUGAGGAGGAGCCUCAAACACAGGGAGGAGAGAGAGGGAGAGAGGGAAAGAGAGAACGAGAGAGAGAGAGAGCAACCAGGAGGUGUGUACACAUGCAUACACUCAGCCUGUCCUUAAACUCUAGACACACUCAGAUAUUCACAGACGCUCAGACCUUGCCAUGUAAACGUAUCCACCAUGCAAGAGGAGAUGCUAUCAGGACGUGGACAGACAGUGACAGACGUUUAAAACUCUUAAGGCAGAGAACAAUUGUCAUUUACCAAGAAGUAUUGUGUUUUACACAAGUACCACUCAUGAUUUGCUAGACCUGGACUUGCCUACUGUCCUAUACUACAGGAUGAGGAUACACCAUCAAGCCUACCUCCAGGGUAUUUUGACUGCAAGUCAAAUAUGCAAGUAAUGUAGAUGCUGAGCAACAACCUGAAAUCAACCUGAAACAACUAUGACGAGGAACUACCAGUUUUAAAUCGUGACGACUGCCCACUCAGGUGCACCUGAAGAAACGCCAACCCAGUGCAACUGAGUCCGUGUCAAUUCCAGCCCAGCUUAGCAGGAGGUUCUCCAGUGCCCCUCCCUCAAUACAUGGAUGUACGAGUCACAGGGGGAGCACAAUCUGUCGUCCCCAAUCCUGGCUACCAGUGCAAAAUGAGGGAUUUCCCCUCCCCACCUCUACCCUGAGGUCAUCCCAACACAACGCCACCCAGAUAAGUCCGACUUAGCCGGGCGCUCGAGUUUCAAUGCUCCACACCAUUCUAAAAUGAAGUUAUGGAAAGGGGCCAUUCUUGCCUUAAUCCUCAUUAGCACUGCUCUUUCACUCCUCCUCACCAAAACCAUGCUGCCUGCCGGGGCCACCGACCCCAGGGCCUCUGCCUCGUCCACGCGAUUUUCAUCAGCGACACCACCAUUAGGACCACCACCGUCACCAUCAUUUUCACCCGAAGCGACGGGUCUUCGGCGGGUGGCUAGAUCAGCGGACAGCGUGGGCUCUCUGCUAUCACAGUUUUCCUACUUGUUCCAGAGCUUCACAGAGGGGGAGCUGCAGAGGGUGAUCAGAAUGCUGGUGAACAGACAGUCCAAAAGGUCAAGCAAGGUGGUGGCAAGUAGCCGGGGCAGGAGAACCAAGCGGGCAAGGAUGGGCCCAAACCAAUGCAAGUUGCACAAGAAGCAGCUGAGGGUAAGUGACCUGGGCCUGGGCUACGACAGUAAUGAGACUGUGGUCUUCCAAUACUGCAGCGGCAAAUGUACUAGCCGCCGGGGCACCUAUGACAUAGUGAUGGACCACUUGCGGCUCAACAAGUCAUCUGGUCAGAAGCGCAAAGCUUCAAACGUGGAAGGUGCCAGGGACCGUGAACCCUACAGCCCCUGCUGCCGGCCCACUAAGUAUGAGGGAAACUUGGUGUUCUUUGGCAACAACGGAAAAUUUGGCAUUGUCCCGAAUGUGUCAGCCAGGGAGUGCGGCUGUGUAUGACCUCAGAAAACAGCGAAAUGGAGGAUGUCUGAGUUGCAGUUGAGGCUUCAGAGUGGGUGGUGGCAAGAGCAGCUAUAGUAGAGGCCGUGGAAGUCUUUGGACAAGCUCAUUGUGGUCUACAGUCACCUCCAUGGAAAUGAUGGAAGCUUCAGAAGAUACAGGAUGUCUACAGUCAUCUCUGUGCAAAUAGUGGAAGCUUCAUAGGGGUUUCAGUCAACCCAACAGUCAAAGCCCCGGAGAUGCCACUGUCAACGCUGUAAAAGAUACAGAGAUGCAACUGCAAAUGCUACUGUAGUGACGGGUCCAGGAAGGCUACAGUCUACUCAGUCAAGCUUCUCAGCGGUUUCAGUCAACUACGUAACAGUCAAAACCUCCAAGACAGUACUGUGAAGGAUUCCACAAUGAGGAAGCUACAGUCAACUCCGUCAGGCUGGUUCCAGUCAGCAUUAUGGUAACAGUGACGCUUACUCCCAUAUGCUUGGAAACGUACGUGAAAAACGAAUUCUGUGUGUGUCAUAAUGGAAACCACAGAAGCCACAGCAGACAGGAAGGCUAUGUCUGACACUCUGGCGGAACGGGAUGGUUUGUAGACAGCUGGAAAUUUGUGAUUACUCUUGCUUUCUGGUUCACGUGCUUCAUGGAUCAAUGGAGAACAUGGUUCUAAGAAGAUCUAAAGAGGAAAAAAAAACAAAAACAAUCUUGUGAUGGGACCUGUAGUGCAAGCUUUCAGUGCUGAGACACUACUCUUGCCUUUCACUGAACAUAAAAUUGCUGGGUGACAAAUGCAAUUUUAAGGAGAACUUCACGUCAGUCUAAAUGAACAGAGAUUUUACAGUUCAGAAGAAAUUCUAAAGUAUACAGUCUUUUGUCAUGAAUGCUAUGUGUAUACUGAAGUAAGAUGUUAAACACAGCUACCUCAUUUACUUUGUGUAAGAAAAAUUAACAUGCAAUGAAUCUAGCUGCGCUACACCCAUUCUCCUGGGGCUGAUUAUUCACUGAUAGAAAUCACACACACAAACACAAGAACAGAUACACACAAACACAUUUACUUAAACCCCUUUGUGUCUUCUCAGGUCAUAACCUCUAAAUAACAACCUGCAUUGUCACUUGAAGAGAACCCCCAUUUAUUAUAAUAGCUGCUUUUAUUUUCACUAUAAAGCCUUGCCAAAUCUGUCCAAUAGAACCAUACAUAGAACUAAAAAUCAGACAUAAUCACUUAACAUUUUAAUCUCUGCAGAAAGAUUAAAGAAUUUGUUUCUUUAACCCUAUCCUAACUAUGAUUUGUCCUCUAUUAGUCCUGAGUGUUUUUACAGUAGGCUGUAACAUUAACGUAAGAACACCUGCUGAGAUUGUACAGCACAAACAUGCAUUUGCAGAGUGUCAACCCCGUGUUGGCAUUCGCUUUCCCAUUAGAGAUUAUUCAAAAUUAACCUGUUUGGCUGAAGCUUCAAUCGAACAAAAUAAAAUAUUUGACUGGACGAAUUUUCCAGCAAGAUAUAAUAAAAUUGAUACACCUGUGCAUACGAACUGCAUGUCUUGUGCAAGUUUUGCGCCUUAAGAGCAACUCCCAGGUGUUAGAAAAUACUAAAAGACAGUGAGCAAAGGAGUACAUCUAAAUAUAAUCAGGUACAUGUAUUUUAAAUUCUGCUUUCCUACACUCAGAUCUUGGUGCCAGAAUGUAGGAAAGGCCUAUAGCUUCUUUUUAAAGAUUGACUUACACAACAAUCUGUUUGCUCACGAUUCUUAAAGAUUACCACAGUACAUCCAAGAGGUCAAUCUGUUGUGAGUCAGACAGUGGCAGGACAGACGCGUGCAUAUUGGGUUGUCCCAGAUCUGUAACCCACUGCACAUACUGUUAACAUCUAAUUCCUCCUAAGUCAACAGAGCUAUAAAUAGACAAAUCUCUACUACACAGAACAGUUAGAUAACACUUGUGUCCACUGAUUUUCCUAGUUUUGUCAAGCUGACUUGUUCGCCGCAAACAGGUGGGCAGGUGGGCAGGGGGGCAGACAGGCAGUCUGGGCUGCCAAGGAGGUUGCGGAACUGUGGUCAAAUUGAAUAACGAGAACUUUAAGGUAAUUAAGAACAAAACCACAAAUGAGAUUGGAGGCAGGCCGGGAACCAUCAAGGCCUAAACAUGGCCGGCCUUCAAAGAUAAUGGACUUACAGUAAAAACAAGGCAGCAGCAGCUGAGUGGACACGCAGCCUCCAGCCCACACCAGGGCCUGGCCACCAGAUUUACCUACAGGACAACAAACAGACCAGACCAGAUUGAGAACCACUGUACACACAUAGGCUUCAGAUGGUAGGAAAAAACACAUUUAUCGAACGCUGGGCUGUCUUCAAAGUUCUUCAGCAUGAGCCAGAAGCAGCAUAUAAAUCUGCUAAUUGGAUAUUCUUGAAAGAGAUUUUCCUGAGCAGGCGUCCGUGCGGAUUAUAUUAGCCACUUAAAAAACUGUUACAAUUCUUCUGGAAAUUUAUUUGAUUUGUAUUUCUCGGAAAAUCGAAGGAAUAUAACAAAGUGUGUGAUGCAAUCAGAUCAUGCUGCAAAAUAUAUUUAUGCACACAUCAAUUGAACACUUUAUUGGAAACACUUCAUAUGUAAUUCAUAAAAACUAAUAAUUAGUCAUUAAAUAAUUUAUCCAAUCAGCCAAUCUACCACAAUAUUGUGCAUAAAAAUACCAAAACGCUGCAUAGUAAACGCAAAAUGAUUAUAAUGAUAUUAUCAUCUACUACAUGAUAUGGCAUAUAUAUAUAUAUAAGAAUUAAAGAUGUUCUGAGAGCAAAAGCAGCCAGUAUUUUUAUGGUGUUCCUCAUAAAGUGUUCAGUGGGUGUGUAUAUAUAUAUAUAUAUAUAUAUAUAUAUAUAUAUAUAUAUAUAUAUAUAUACACAAUGGUUUCUGUCAAGCAUUGUUUAAAUCACUUGUUCUAGUAGGACUGUUUUAUAUCAUUUCAUAUCAUUCUAUUCUAUGUACGUCUCUGUAAAGACGAUCAGAAAGACACAGUACUAUGUGUGUGUAUGAAUAGCUUCUCUUCUCCCCAUUUUAUCUAUUUACAGCUUCGGCAAUGUUGGUUCUUCUUAUUUUUUUUAUCCCAACAGCAGAAAUGUUGAUGCAGUGCAUCUUUCUUGUGUAUACUUGAUAUUUAUUGGACAGAGGUGUGCAUAUUUAUUUAGAUACUUUAGUCAAAGGCAGACCGAGACUUAUUUAUUUAAAAAAGGAAAAUAACUUGUGCCAAAAAUGGAAUUUCUAAUAAAUUCAUCGUUCUUAAAUAACUGGCUGAAUAAACAUAUGUCAGCUUUACAGAAUAAAAGAUUGUUGCUUAUUUGUCUUUUCAUCGUGUCCACGUCCGCAGAGCUGUGUGCUCCUUUUCCUGUUUAAUCUACGCCACGAGACCUACAGAGCGCAGACGGCUGAGAGACUGCUUCAUCCUUAAUGAAAGCAUAAUAAACAUGCUGGAAAAUGAAAGGGCUUAAAUGGAAGUCUUUUUAAAACUUAAAUUUUUUUUAGCACAUUGUUGAACUUUGUCUUUGAAGAGCCCCGCCCCACUAGUACUUACAAGGACACAGAGCCUUGUUUUGGUUUGACUUAUUGAAUGUUGGCCUAAUCGAUACUUCAGAUGAUGAUAUAUUUUGAUACAUUUGCAUUGUGCGAACAUUAUAUUUUAGAAUUUAUACUAUAACAAACUUUAUGUUUAAAUUAUUGGGGUCAUGAAUAAAAUAUUGUGCCUUUUGGCCGUCACAAUAAAAAAAUACUUUUCACUUGUAUUUGUCCAUCCUGUUAUGGCAAGCUGCAUGACAGGGUGGACAAUUUUAGAGAAAAUCUGCAUUUGAUGAGAAUGUGUUUGACCUAGAGUUGCAAACAUUUUUAGCUGUUCAUCUUGCUCUGUUUCAUAAUUUCCCCUCCCAAAUUACUAUAAUAUUUUAUGACGACAGUGUGGACAGGAAGUAUGGAGACAAUAUUAGAAAUAUUGUCAAUUUAUUCACAUUAAUUGCUAAAAAUGCAGCAAAGAUAUUACAGUAUAAGUUAGCUAGUGGGUUAUGUAGACCAACGGGUAUCAAACUGGGGACUGUGGUGAAGUUUAGGAACCACUAAUGCAGACUUCCCAAAAUCAGGCAUAAAUUGGCCAUAGAACAUUACACCUUAAUUAACUGUAAUAUUUAUCAAUGCAAAAUGUUACUUAAUUAUCCGUAAAUUUUACCUCAAGGUUGAAAUAUUACUUUAAUAACUUAAAAGUAAUAUUUACACGCUAUCAUAUGCAGUCAGUCAAUAGUCAGACCCUUCUCUAAAGAGUCACUGUCUACACGCCAUAGUCACACUGUUUUUACUGCACAUGCAGUCAAUAACACUGGCCUGAAACGGCUGGAUUUAAACUACUGUGGUGAAGCUGUGGCUCUGUGGCCUUGCGGUCGAGACCAUUCUCAGUAUUUGUUUGAAGGCAUAUUGCUGCACAUCUUUCUCAGUAUUGACCUGAGAAUCCCAAAUUCCACUCCUGUGAUGCGCACAAUAACAGAUGCCUUAAGCGUUUAAAUCUUUUCUGCAUCCUGACUCGAAUACAAACAGUUGUCAAUAGACUCAAUUUUAAAAACAGGUUUUAAGCACACCCAAAGAAAUUCAUUAAUCAACUAUACAAUGAGUUUAUACAAAAGAACCUUUUUGUGCUUAAAAAAAGAGGGGGAAAAAACUAAAGUACUACAACAUGUUCACCAAUCUGUGUUGGAACACAUCUGUAAAUACAAGUACUUCCCUCUCUAAUAAACAUUUUCCUUAGUGAGGAAACUAUGUCUGAUCUUAGGCUUACUUGUACUGUGUGAUUCUGCACAUUAUUCAAUUUCAAACCACUAUCAGUAUCCAGCUAAACCUAUAGAAUCCACCCAACAGAAAAAGCAUAGGCCAACUUGGGAAUUCUACAGAAACGUGGAGUUACUUAACUCAGUCAAGAUACAGUAAACAACAGACUGUAAAUUAUUCAGUGGAAAGCACUCCAGGCUAGAAAUCUUCCUGAAAAUGGGCCGAUUGCAAAAGGUUUAAGCAACCUUUUCUCCUGCACUUUCCACAUUUCCCACAUAUGAAACCGAUUAUUAGCACCUGAAAUGGCUCUCCCAGCCACGGCCUUCACACAUUCAUCAAUCAAGCCUAAAUACACAUGAUGCUGCUCAAUCUCUGGCCAUUUGAUGUUGUCUAAUGGCUUCCUGUCAUUUGGAUGAUGCUUUUUACCAUUUAAGACCCUGUUCCAGUUGGUGCAGAAAGACUAUAAACACCAAAUGGCCCUCUCCUCUAGAGUAUUUGUCCUCUCUAGCUCUGAUGACAGGCUAACUGAUUCAUAAGCAUGCUUACCGAAUUGAUCAAGCCACACUCAAACUGCCUGGACAUGUCCAAACUAACAUAAGGCGAACCGCACGUUCUCACAUCAAAAAAGCUGCACACGCUCUGAUUUGAAGUUGUGUUAGUGCUGUUGUGGGAUGUAAUUACAUCAGCCUGCAGGCAGCUGUGGACAUAGUGUAGAUGUAUUUAAAGCAUUUACAUUAAGUCUGAAUUAGCUGCCAAAACACAGUCAUUCAAGUUAAGCAAUUCUAAAUUAGUCAUUUAUCUUUUACACACCAGGCCGGUGUGGUAGCUUUAAUCAAUGUAUAAUAGUUUACUAUGACUAUAUUUAUGGUAUAUAUACGGUAUAGUAAAGGGUAUUUUUUUUCUUUUUUUUAAAUGAAGACCUUUAAAACAGGUCCUGCACAAAAGGCUUACUUUUACUUGUAAAUUGUGAGGUGGGGCCUUGGUGGAUCGCAUCAAUAAGCAUUGGGCUCCAAUGAUCCUGAUCCUGUGGUUCACUGGUUCACAUUAUUUGGAUCCCUUUUGAUCUCUCAAGGGGUGAAUAUAUUAGGUAGCAAGUAAACAAUCAGUUCCUGAAGUUGACUGUAGUUUCGAAGCAGGAAAAAAUGGCAAGCAUAAAGAUCUAAGUGAUAGACAGAAGUGAUAAUUGUGAUAGAUAUAUGUCUGCAUCAGAAUAUGUACAAAACCUCAAGAAGGUUUUAUGGUAUGUCUGUCAUCAAUCCCUAUCAAAAGUAUCAAUAAUUAAAGGUCCUGGGACCUAAACCUAUUUUUUUUUUCUAAUUGUGUUAAUGUGGUUCCUCUGGUCCCCCUGUGUAUCUACAGAACAGAAACUUUACAGGGGAGAGGCAAAACCUCUAUCAGUGGAAGUCAAUAGAAGUUAAAUGUAAAAAAAAGUUUAUUUCAGGUAAUUUAGAAUAAUUUCUGUGGCGCCGAGUGGUCCAGCGGUCUAAAGCGCUGCCUCUAUGAGCGGGAGGUCGCAGGUUCGAACCCCCUGCUCAUGCAGCUUUGCCAUCAAGCUGCCUGCGCUCAGAGGGCGCACAGAGCCCUGCUCCCUCCGGGUGGGUAGAUGGCACUCUCUCCCCAUAUCACUCCUAGGGUGAUGUCCACAUCACAGGGCAUCUGUGAGCUGAUGACAUAGAAAAGCAGUGGCUGGCUUCACAUGUAUUGGAGAAAGCAUGUGUUAGUCUUCACCUUCCUGGUGUGUUGGGGCAUUACUAGUGAUAGGGGGACUUGGGUAAUUGGAUGUGUAAAUUGGGGAGAAAAUGGGGGAAAAAAAAGAAUCAUUUCUUAUGGUCCAUUUAUCAAGAAUUUCAGGUUGGAGUCUUCUUAAAAAAUAAAAAUGGCUUUGCAUCUUUUAGAAAAAUAGACUGUGCAUAUCGCCUAUUGUCAUUUAAAAAAAAAUCAAUUAUUUGAACAAGCAGGCAACCUUUUCUUUAAAAUAGAGACUUUCUUGAGAGAA